UUUCUCUGCCUCGGAAAAACACCCAAUUCCGACUUGGUCAAAGUCAUGAAAAAAGGAACUACGAGAGAGGCUAGGAAUACAACAUACAACCGUGGGGAUACCAUCUGGUUUCGUUUCCGAUCCAUGGUAUAUUCGAGAUAGAUUCACGACAGGUCCUUUGCUUCUUCGGAUUUCCAUUUCUUUUAACAUGAACCGGGCCAUGAGUCAAGUUCUUUUUGCUCCUUCGGAAGAAGCCUCCACAGGCGUGAUAACUGUAUUUUUAGCUGGUACGACUACUAAAGUGGACAAAAUAGAUUGGCGUGACACUGUCACAAAUUCUCUUUUGGGCCUGCCGAUUACAAUAUACAACCCCCACCGACCUGACUGGGACAGUUCGUGGCAAGAGGAUAUCAGUUAUCCUCCCUUUAGAAACCAAGUGCUAUGGGAGCUGGAUAAGCAAGAAAAAGCAGAUAUAGUUGUCUUUUAUUUUCACCCCGCCACCACGGCGAUGGUGUCUCUUUUGGAGUUCGGGUUGAGCGCCAGAGCUCCGGGCAAGAGUAUUGUUGUCUGCCCCGAAGGUUACUGUAAGAGGGGAAAUGUACAACUUGUUUGCGAAAAGUUUGGGGUUCAGAUGGUUGAGAAGAUGGAAACUAUCCAGCAGCUCGUUCGGAGUAGGGUUCUGGCUAGUGGUUGAACACCUUUUCCGGCGUCUGCACAGCUCCAAAUAUGGUUUCUUUUCCUUUUUUCCUUCGGCUUCAAAUAUAAUUGUUUGUUAGUUAUUCGUUUGAAUAAUCAAGAAAUAUCAUGUUCAUCAGUCUUUUAUUGUUACAUGCCUAUGGUGGCAGAAAGGAGGCCAUUUUGCCUUUAGUUGACGGAGAAUUGAGCGUUUUGACCAGUUGGACGGAUCAUACCAGUGUCGGCGACUUCCAAAUUUGACGCAGCCGGGACUGUAAUUGUUGGGACUAUAAGGCAGUCUAUUCGAGACUCUUCAUGCAUAAUAGCUCCUAUUUUCAGUAUAUGUUGAUCUAAG